CAUCUCGGUAAAACCCGUAAAAGUUGAUCGAAGAUCAAAUUUGAAUUGAAUUGAGGUUUAGGGUUUCGUUCCAUUUGGAGCAGCUCUGUUCUCGAACUUUUGGGAGGGAAAAAGCCAAAAGAAACCCUUGACGCAAAAACGCCCUCUACGUUUCAUAAACUCUAAUCGGUCUCAAAUCUCGCCAGUGGCUGUAUUUCAUUCUGAAAAUAUUGAAAGAUGAGCACGACAGUACAGAGAACUCCCAAAUCUGGGAGACAUUCAUUGUUUUUCCAAGAUUUGGCAUCUCCUGUUUCUGCCCGUAGGGGAAAAUUUUCAACUCCAGGCCAGGCAGCUGCGGUAUCUGCUCUAUGGCGUGAGAAUUUUUCAGGCUCAGAUCUUCCGCCGCCUCCUGUCUUCACCUUGGAAGACCGCUCAGAUUUUUCCCCUGAAUCUGGAAUUCCAGAUUACCCAUUAUCUCCAGAAGUCAAAUCAGACCCCAGAACUCCAAUCCAGAGUUCUGGUCGAGACUUCUCGACUUCAGGGAAGGGCAAAUCAGAGACAAGCACUUCUUAUGCCAUGAUGGGUGCACAGCAAAACCAACAGGGUUCGGUGGGUUUGAGUUGGUGGUCGCCUACAACACCUGCAAAGAGUGGCAGUGAGCAAGAUGAGAAAGGAAAGAAUUCGCCUGUUGAGGGUGUGGUCCAGCCUGUUGCGUUGAUCACACUUCCGCCCCCAAGGGAAGUUGCAAGACCAGAGAUACAGAGGAAUUGCUUGCCCGCAGGGAACCUCAAUGAGGAAGAAUGGGUUACUGUUUAUGGGUUUUCCCCUGCUGAUACAAAUUUAGUAUUGAGGGAGUUUGAAAAGUGUGGUGUGAUUUUGAAACAUGUUCCUGGUCCAAGAGAAGCUAACUGGAUGCACAUUCUAUAUCAGAAUCGUUUUGAUGCUCAGAAGGCUCUUAGCAAAAAUGGCAUGCAAAUUAAUGGGGUACUGAUUGUAGGUGUGAAGCCAUUGGAUCCAAUGCAACGUCAGGCUUUGAAUGAAAGGGUUAACAAUCAGGGAUUCAUGCCUUUACCUCCUCCAUCUGCAAAAUACUCAGAGGCGAACACAUUGAGAGCCCCUUCUCGCCCCUACUAUCUUCAAAAUGGCAAUACUAAUGUGCGGCAGUCAGGAGGUGCCAUUGCUUCCCCUACAAAAUCUUUGGCGUCCAAAAUCAUGGAUUUGAUGUUUGGAGUUUAGGCCAGUUUUAGUGUUUAUUUUUUUGUGCCAUCUGGCUUCAAUCAAAUAUGCAACCACUCAGGCAAUUGAAUGAUCAGAUGAGAGUUUCAGCACAUGUAAGCUUGAAGCGGCUUUUUCUUUUCCUCAUUUUUUUUUUUUUAAAGUCUUUCCUCCCAGUGAGAAAUGUUUGAUUUCCUUUUUCUUUUUCUUAAAAUCCUCAAAGACUUUGUACCAUUCACUUCGAGAUAUGUGACAAGAUGUAAACAUUUGGAAUUCUGAUGUGAGAGCAAAGAUGCGUGAUAAUCUGAGUUUUAUUCAUCUA